AUGAGGAAACGUCUGAUUCAAAUAUUUGGCUUUUUGAUUUCCUCUCUGGGAUGGACGUUUGUGCUCUGCACCAUGGCCAUGGAUUUUUGGAGGAUCUCCCAAAUUGGAGGACAAGGAGGCUCCUUUAUCAUCAAAGUGGCCUGGUACUGGUCCAACCUGUGGAAGGACUGUUUCACUGAUUCUACAGCGGUGACAAACUGUAGAGACUUUCCUGUGCUCUGGAGCGUCACCCCUUACGUCCAGGGAGUCCGAGGAUUAUUAAUGUGCGGGAUAACUCUCGGGUUCUUUGGUGUGGUUCUCUGCUUCCUUGGGAUGGAGUGCACUUACAUCGGUGGAGCCGAUAAACUCAAAGACAAGAUGCUUUUGGCAGGAUCUGUGUUUCAUUUUGCUGGAGGCUUGUCAGAUAUUUCUGCCUACUGCUUAUACAUCAACAGGAUCGCCAGAACGACCUUUGCAGCCUCUGUAGGGCCGGGAGUCUUACGGUACGACUUAGGACCUCCAAUAUUUCUUGGCUUGGUGGGUUGUUUUCUCAUCUUUUUAGGAGCUUUGUUUUACGCUGUGACUGUCUUCAGAGUAAUCUGCCCUGAAAGUCAAGCUGUGUAUGCCUACGGAGGGGGCACAUACAUGGACCCUCGCUCCAGAGGAAGAACCCUGUACACUGGAUACUACAGACCCUCCAGGCUGUACGGGUCCUAUAUGGGCUCAGGAAGAUCCAGCAGCUCCAAGAUCUCAAAGCUCUCUCAGACAACACCCACUAAAAUCUCAGAAAGAGAUGCAUUUGUGUAG